GCCGGGAGAGACAGCGCAUGGAUGGUGGUGGAGAAUGCAGGGUUGGUGAACCUCCGGAGGCAAUUUAGCGGGCUUCGCGCUCUGCGUCUGGCGAACGAGAAGUUGCCGCCGCGCAAGCCUCCCAUCGAGCCAUCGCCUGAACGUGUUUCAUGUCUCUCUGGAAGCUGCGACCGCUGAUUCUCCUCUGCGACAACCGCUGACCACCGACGACCACUUCGCACGCACGCCCGACACCUCCUGCGUGCGCCUCCGACUCUCUCUCUCCCGCCGCCUGCUGGAAAGGAAAGGCACGAGACCGCCGCGCCCUCACUCGCUUGCAGCACCACCACCGCCGACCACCGACACACGCCCACCGACCCCGAGACGACUCACGCUCCUUUACGACUUUCCAUUUCUUCUCUCGCGCCCGCCGAGCACGCGACAGUCAGAGCGCCGGCGCCCAGUGCGAGCAGUUGGACCACGUUCUUUGUGACCGCUGCACAUCCGCCGCGCGUGCGCUCAGCCGCCCACCAGAACCGCUCUCCCAACUAUCGACACUCGCUUAACCCGGUUUCUUCGCGCGCGCGACUUCAGUAAUUCAUGCCCAGUUUCGGCAGCAGCACCAACUCGCCGUCGCUGCAGAAGAUGGAGAUGGGCGGCCACGGCAGAUACAAUGCGGGCCGAGGGUUCAGCUUGGGCAACAUUGCAGGCGAUCCAUUCUGGCUCGGAUCUAUAGGCAUUGGCAUUGCUGGUUGGAUGAUCGCAUUCGUCGCCUCCAUUAUUGCCGACAUCAAUUCUACAUUCCCAAACUACUCCUGGUGGAGUCUGGCAUAUAUGCUAGUAUGCAUCAUCGGGGUCAUAUAUGCUGUGGGAGCGGAUGUAAUUUACACUUACCGCAUUGCCUUGACGGGCUUCCUGGCUGCUGGUCUGGUGUUUACAACGUCCGCUGUGAAUGCGCUGAUCUACUUCCCUGAAGCCGCCAAAGAGGCCGCCGCGGCGGGAUUCAUUCUGCUGUCAAUUGACUGCAUCAUCUGGAUGUUCUACUUUGGCGCCGAGCCGCAGGCAAGCCAUCGCCAGACGCUUGACUCUUUCGCGCUCCACAAGGACCGCGCGCCCAGCCGCAACAGCAGGGCAAUGAGGCAGUCAUACCGACCGGAAACGCUGCACUCAAACGCGCAACAGCCGCAGAUGUACAACUCCAACAACCUCCAAGGAUUCGAGACAGCCUCCCCAAUGACCGGAUAUCCUGGCGCUGCGCAGAAUAAGGGAUACCCACAACAACCACUACGAUCAGAGCCAAGCGCCUCCGGCAUGAGCGCUAAUAACACAACCGGAGUACCAGACAGCUCCGUCUCGCAGCCCACAGAAUACCCAUACCGAGCGAAAGCAAUAUACAGCUACGAAGCAAACCCAGAUGACGCCAACGAAAUAUCCUUCACCAAGCAUGAAAUUCUCGAAGUCAGCGAUGUGUCUGGAAGAUGGUGGCAAGCGAAGAAGGAGAACGGCGAGACGGGUAUUGCCCCGUCAAAUUACCUGAUUUUGUUGUGAGAGAGCGCACCACACUUUGGUUCUGUUUUUUUUGAAUUUGGAUUGCACGAAAGAAAUUGUGCAGAGGAAGUAUACACAUGCUACCAGAAAGAAAGUCCAUGUGCGGGAAGAAAAGUGCAACACGACCACACACACAGAGAGUGAAAGUGAGAGUGCGAGUGAGAAUUAGUCAUGAUAACGAAGUUUCCGGCAAUCCACACUAUUACCAACUUUCAAAAGACUCUUUAGUAUGAAGGCUCACGGCUGGUCACGAUUGCAAGCGCUUGCACCCUGGACACAGCAGUUUGGUACCAAAUGACAGCGCUGGAUGCAAUGAUGAAGCAGGAAAGAGAACGGCAAUCGCCACGGUACAUAUAGGAAGGCAAAGAGAAUCUCCUUCCUGCCAGGUGGAGGCAUCUGCAGCUUCUUCGCUGCCGAAUUCGGGGAUCAGCUGAAGCAAGACUGGACGCAAGACUGAGCCUUGCUGGAGAAGGGAUCCGUUUUCUUUCGAUAUUGUUACUUGUUUGGCGAUGGCGAUGGCGAGGGCGAUGGCGUUUUCUUUCGGGAACCGGUGGAAGGAGUCUCUUUCUUCUUCUUGAUGUUUAGUGAUUCUGAGGAGCGAGCGAAUGCCGGUAUGAUGUUUCUGGCAGUGGAGAUAAGGUUAAAGGCCGAGAUUUACUUCAGCACAAUGAUGCUGACUUGGAAAUAGCACAGUCGCCAUACCCGAAC